ACUGAGGUUUCUGGGAAGAUUGCUUGACUACAUUAUUCAGCUGAAAUGAAAACAGUUUCCGAUCUACUGGUUCUCUGUUCCUAAUCUGUGCCCACUAAUCUGAUGUUACCCUGCACAAUUAUUAUAAUUUUCCUGAACUUCAGUUCUUCCAGUGAUGAACGUGAAAGGAGAGUCUGACAAGAAGAAAAGUCAAAGGGGAAGGAGGUGUGGUUAACAAAUGAAGGGGAACAAAAAGUCAAGGUAGAAAAAUGUUAACCUGUGAAAGAGCCCAGUUUUGGUCAGGAGGAAUUUCACGAAGUAAGUCUGAAAGAAAUUUGUUUGACAUGGAAGCCCGGAAAUCCUCAAAAUAUUGCAAUAUUACAGAAUGUCCAGACCCAGGUUUGCUUCCCAGUGGACCCAGUGCUUCCACACUUCAUGUCUAUAAUGCUUCCACAGCUACAAAUCCAUUCUGGAAUGAAGUGUCUGCUUCUAACCCAUUUUUGGAUGACAUAACUCAGCUGAGAAAUAACCAGAAGAGAGAGAAUAUUUCCAUCUUGAAAGAAGAUCCUUUUAUUUUUUUUAGAGAAGUAGAAACUGGAAAUUCUUUCGAUUCCUCUGGUGAUGAACUUGAUGUGCAUCAAUUGCUUAGGCAGUCUUCCUCAAAUAAAUCUGGAAGAUCAAAAAGUGUUUCAGAACUUUUGGACAUUUUAGAUUACACAGCACAUGCCCAUCAGAAUAUACAUAACUCUGGCCAGAUCCUUGAACAAGAUUUAGAAUGGCUUCAGAAUGAUCGAGAGGCUUAUAAAAUGGCCUGGUUAAGUCAACGCCAGCUGGCCCGCUCCUGCCUGGAAUUGAAUACAAUUAAUCAGAGUCCUGGAUGGGCCCAAACCCAAGUUGCAGAAACUAUGAUAGUUUGUAAAUUAAACCACCAAGGAGGGUCAGUACAGUUACCCGAGUCAGAUAUCACUAUUCAUGUGCCCCAAGGCCAUGUAGCUGUGGGAGAAUUCCAAGAGGUAUCUCUAAGGGCUUUUCUCAGUCCUCCAGAAGUGCUUAACCAUGAUCUUUCAUGCACUGUAAGUCCAUUGUUGGAAAUCAUGCUAGGCAACCUUAACACAAUGGAAGCCAUACUGCUAGAGAUGAAAAUCGGGGCUGAAGUGAGAAAGGAUCCUUUCAGCCAAGUCAUGACUGAAGUGGUGUGUUUACACAGCCUGAGUAAAGAAGGCCCUUUCAAAGUGUUAAACAACUGCUACAUUUAUGAAGACACCAUUCAAGUCAAGCUAAUAGACUUGAGUAAGGUGAUGUAUCUAGUGGCCGCUGCACAAGCUAAGGCUACUCAGCCACCGGCUGCCACCAUCUGGGAUUGUAUCCACAAAACCACUUCAAUUGGAAUUUAUGGGCCCAAAUAUAUCCAUCCUAGUUUCACUGUUGUUUUCACAGUUUGUGGACAUAGUUUUAUGCCAGGAAGGCUAACAAUCUCUGAUAUUAAGAAGGGUGGGAAAACAACAUCUCCAGUUGUGUUUCAGCUCUGGGAGAAGCAUUCGUUUUUACUUGAUAAGCCGCAAGAUUUAAGUAUUUCUGUUUUUUCAUGUGAUCCUGAUUUUGAAGUAAAGGCAGAAGGAGAAAGGAAUGAAAUUAAACAAAAGAAGUUGCAAGCAGGUGAAGCAGUUCAUCAGCAAAUUUUAUUUUCCUUAAUUGACUCCAGACAAAUGCACUUAUUUGUUUUCCGUGUUCAGGUGGAGCCUCCCAAAGGUAGACCAGUUACACAGUUCUUUGUUACUACACCCAGUCCAGCCCCAAAACUAAAAAGACUUUCAGAUAUGCCAGGUGAUUUGCAGGAGAAGGAAAUCAAGGCUGCUCCUUUAUUACCAACUUUGUGUGUUAAAAAUCCCACAUUUCAGGACAAAAAAUUGAACUUUACCAACUAUGGGGUUACCUUGAAGACAGUGCUAAGACAAAACAAGAUUGACUACUUACUUGAAUAUUUAAAAGGUGAUGCAGUAGCUCUUCUAGGAGAGGGCAAGAUAAAAGCCAUUGGACAGUCCAAAGUGAAAGAAUGGUAUGUGGGAAUCCUGAGAGGUAAAAUUGGACUUGUGCAUUGCAAAAAUGUCAAGUUGAUUGGAAAGGAACAAGUAAUGUCUAUGACAGAUAGUGUCUUUACAACCAGGAAUCUUCUUGAACAAAUUGCCCUGCCCUUUAAAAAACUGACUUACAUCUAUUCAGUUGUAUUGACCUUGGUGUCAGAAAAAGUUUAUGAUUGGAAAGUUUUAGCUGACAUCCUUGGUUACUCACAUCUGGCACUGGAAGAUUUUGGUCAAAUACAAGCAGACAAAGAAUCAGAAAAAGUUUCUUAUGUUGUAAAGAAGUUAAAGGAAGAUUGCCACGCUGGUAACAAUACCAGGAAGUUUCUUUAUGAACUUAUCAUGGCUCUGUUGAAGAUGGAUUGCCAAGGGUUAGUAGCACAUCUCAUCCAAGAAGCUGCUCUUCUGACUUCAGCUGUCAAACUUGGGAAAGGCUGGAGGGAACUAGCUGAGAAGUUAGUAGGACUCACAAAGCAACAAAUUGAGGCAUUUGAAAUUCCUCACCAAGGAAAAGCUGGAGAUGUUACUGUUGAGAUGUGGAAACCUGCCUAUGAUUUUCUCUAUACUUGGCAUGCUCACUACGGAAAUAGCUACAGAGAUGUAUUACAAGACCUUCAAUCAGCUCUGGACAGAAUGAAAAACCCUGUAACCAAACAAUGGCGAGACCUAACUGGAGCUUUAAUACUAGUAAAUUCUUUAGAGGUUUUGAGAGCAACUGCAUUCUCCACUUCUGCAGAAGUCUAGUAAUGAAGGACAUGUUUCUUGGAGGAGGGAGGAUGGUGUGUAUAUAUAAGGGAAAGACUUUUUUGAUGUUUGAAAAAAUAUCUUUUUCUGCUGUAAGCACAGGCUUACACACAAUCCAAGGAUGAAUUUUAUAAUCACACAUUUUGGAAUGUUUCAAAUGCAUUCAUUAUGCUGCUAUGUUCUUCAGAAAGGAAAGAAAAAUGCUCUUUCAAAGUUACCAUUAAUUUCUUUAUGUUAAAACAAAUGACUGUUAGCAUCAUUACGUCAUACAGACACCCAGAUAAACUAGAGGCCUCAGAGGGAAUGGAGUUUUACCAGGAGGCAGGCAGGGAGAGAGAAGCAGCAAGCAUAGUACUCAGGGGCCAGGUACAGGCUCCAUGCUUUCCAUGCCUGAUCUCUCCCAUCUCUGGGUGGAGUUCUCUUGCAUUAUUCCCAUUUUUAAGGUGAAAACUCAAAGAACUGGAGAGGAUGCUCAGGGCUACAUAGCUAGUAUGAAGUAGGUUUUCUGUCUGCAAAAUCUCAUUCUUUUUUUUUUAAACCAAAGCACAUAGCAACAUGGUAAGAAAAUUAAAAUGUGUAUUAAAACUUCUAGGGAAAGGAUAGCUAUUUCAUUUUAAUGGAAGCUCGCUGCUCUCUUCCACCAUCUCUUGGAAGACUGCCAGAGGGAAAAUAUGACAUCAUGAGGAAUCUGUUGUCUGCAUCCAUGGACUGGAGUUUUCACCACCCUCCUCCAGCAUCUUGGGACCCAGCUAAUCCCACCGAACUUGGAUUUUUUAAAAACCUGAUUUAUCACAUUUGAGUGCAGGAUCUUAACCACCAAAAACACUGCUAUCUGUGUGUGUGCGUGUGUGUGUGUGUGUGUGUGUGUACAUGUAUGCAUCAGAGUGGUUUCUAAUGCUUUUGGAAAGCAAAGAUCAUAUAGGAAUUUGGGCAAGUAUUAAUGCUGCUGGCCAUGUUCACAGAGAGAUGAUCUGUGCUUGCUCAUAUGGUCAAUUCUCUGGGCACCUGCUGGUGUCAAUGUGUUUUGGACAGUCAUUCAUUUAUUGCCACUCAGAGUGUAUGUACCUACUCUGUGGCAGGCACAUAGAUGCUUGAGGUUAAUAAUGGGAAAAAACAGUGAGAUCUAUUUAGCAGAUCACUGCUAAGUGAUGGAGACAGGCAAUCAUAAAAAAUGGUACAGUUUAAUGUAAAAUAGUAAUCUGUAAUAACAGCUGCAAUGGAGACUGAGAUGCCAAGACAUAUGGAUAUGGUGGUGGGGUGGGGGUGCGUGGAUCGUGUGAAUCAGGAUCAGGUUAGUUUGCCCUGGGGAGGAAAUGAAGAGCCUGAAGGAGGACCCAGCGGUCCUUCCCAUCUGGGGACGGUGGAAGUGGGAGGUAGUUUCUCAGUGCCCUGAAGCCUCAGGAAGGAAAGGAGCGCAGGAGAGGCCGGGAACCAGGAUGGAGGGCCUGAGAGCGUGAGGAAAGGAAAGACCCCUCAGAGGUAACGGGGAUGAGCUGAGUGGGGAUCUUGUUUAGGGAUCCUGAAUAAAACAUGUCCAUUUGGCUAAAAAGUAAAAGCAGAAUCUUUUGGGAGCUUUUAAUACACCCACCCUGGGGUAUUUGGUAUGCUGGCAAAAGUAAUUUGAAUUAGGGUUUAAGAACAUCUUUAAAGCUUUUAAUAUUUAUAUUUGAUGAUAAGAGGACACAGCCUCCCCAGGGAGGUAUGUACACAUAUUCAAAGACAGAAUUUAUUUUAGUUGAAAAUAAAUUCAGAGAGGGGGAAAAAAUAAUAUGUAAGUUCAAGAUACAAUAAUUUUUACUGGUGAUUUUGCUUUCUUUAGAACAUUCUUGGAAUCUUAUUAAUAUGUUAGCAAACCAGAAAAUUUCGGGAAACAAUAGCAAGGAAUUAAAUUAAUAACUGGGUUUUUCCAAGCCUCAUGAUCUGAGAAUGCAGAGAUCUUGUUAACUGAUUAGGGUAGUAAGAUUAAAUAAAUCACUCCAGAUUUACAUCAUGUCAUGUGUUGUGAUUAUUGUUGGGAAGUUUAAGAAGAGUUUAAAAGAUGAAAAACAUGAUCUCUAUAAUUUAAGGAUGAAGCAGUGGUUUAAGUAUUAAUACCGGCAAAGAUAUUUUGUAAUCUUGUAGCAAAUACUUCCAGAGGAAUUUUAAACCCAUGCCCAAACAUUCUGCUCUUAUAAAUAUAUUCUAAUAUUUUUGUAAAUCAUUUCUACUUUUCAGAAAUUUUUAGAUUUUUCCUAUAAUGGAUUUUAUAAUCAGAAAAGAUUAACUCAGUAAUCACAAAUUGCCUUUGAAAUUUGGCAGCAAAUCAAGGAAAUUAAUAAGGCACUUAAAUCCCAUCCUUGACAUCAUUAAAAGCAUCAAAAGCUCUUAAUCUAAAACUUUUUAAGCAUCUUGGAAAUGGAAAAAGCAUAGAUAGUUCUUUUGGUUCCUUAGGCUUUUCCUGUAAUGAUGUAUUAGGAUGAGAUUUUAGUUUGGUGCACUCUGCUUGCAAUGUAACAGCUUUUCUAUGUAAUCCAUGGACUCUCUACUUACUUCUGUUAAAGCCUUAAUAUGAAGACCAAUUAAGGAGGUGCAUGCAGUAAUGGGUCAUUAACUGCUCACACUAAUAAUAAAUACAGCACACUUUCAUGUUCUGUAAUGUAGAAAAAUAUCAUGAAAAUUUGAACUUGGGGUUGACUAGGUUUCUGAAAGAGCAGAAUGCACUACAUUCGUAGAUGGCAUUGGUCUAAGAAACGUCACUGCUAGUAAAUAGCUUUGAAUAAAUAAUAUAAAAAUACAGUAGUGAAAAUAUAUUCAGAAUCACACAGUGCUGUAAUUGGAAGUUCAAAACUUGGCUUUUCUUACUGUGCUACUGAAAUUAUAUUUUCUGUAAUUUUUGCAAUGUCUAGGGACUACUUAAGGCAAUAUAAAGGAAAAGGAGAAUAAUGAAAAAUUGUGUCACUGGAAGUUCUUCUAAUUAAAAUAGAUCUUCUUUUUUCAUAUACCUAUAUAAUUCUUUCCCUCUCCUCUGUAUGAAGUUUCCUCCCUUGUGCUGCAGUAGAAAUUAGUGAGUUCCAAAGAUCAUAUGUUGUUAUGCCAGGUGGGGCUAACCCAAAGAUAUUCUUCAGAAUAAAAUUAUUGCUGAAAGUUGGUUUCUUGCAUGCAUAUUUGAUAGCCCACAACACAAAAUAAGAAAUGAUCAUGUAUUCACAGGAACCUUGAUUUUGUACAUAUCUAGUAUCUGCUAUAUAUCUGAUAUUCAGUAUCAAGAUUUCACUAAAUGUAGAAAUUUGUGGCAUAUAUAGUUUGAUUGAUUUUCUAUUUAUGUAUAUCUAGUCAUUUGUAAUUGAGAACGUUUUAAAGGUAAUAGCUUUGCAAUUCUGAAUAGUAGUUUCAGUUCAUAUGUGAGGGAGUGAGAUGGGGUAACUAUCACUGGAUAAAAAUUAGUAAUGCCAGAGGGGAAAAUUCCAGAGAAAGCCCUGCUGUUGUAGUAGUGACAAUGUGAAUGGCUUCCUCUGCAAGAUCUUAGUUCAGGACUUGAGAGUUGUGACUCCUAAUCUGUGCCUAUUACAGGCAUACCUUGUUUUAUUAGGCUUUGCUGCUCUUUUUUAUAAAUGAAAGUUUUGUGGUGACCCUGUAUCGGGCAAGUCUGUCAGCACCAUUUUUCCAGCAGCAUUUGCUCGCUUUGUCUCUCUUUCACGUUUUGGUAAAUCUUGGAACAUUUCAAACUUUUAAUUAUUAUUAUACUUGGUAUGGUGAUCUGUGAUCACUGAUUAUGAUUCACUGGAAGCUCAGAUGAUGGUUAGCAUUUUUAGCAAUAAAAUAUAUUUUAAUUAAGGUA